AUGGCACAACAGAAGCCAAAUCCCAAGGCAUUUGGCAAGCCAUCAGGAUCUAUCAAUGCUCCCAUCGCAGCCUUCACAAUGGCUGUUAUUCUUUGUUCAUACUGUUUCAGUUCAAUCCGCACAGCGCGACAAAACGCCCAGACUCAAGCUUCAACAGGCUCCAGUCUCCAGCGGCCUGUGCCAUCUGAGAGAAAAGAUGAGUCGUGGGUGCAGCAAGCUCUUGAGGAGAGUCGAGCCCAGAACGGCGGGAAGGGCAAAUGA